UGACGUCAUAAUGGUUCAAGCACCAAAGAGAGUGUGAUCUUCCGGUAGAUUUGUCAUUAUUACAUCACAAUAGUCAUGACGUCACAAUAAUAUACAUUCUGUUGUUGGAUACAUGUAAAACAUCAUGGGUAUCUUUCAGAGUUGUCUUGCCAAACAUAACCGGGUAGGAGUGAUGGGGAGGGAGGAAAUGGAGACGUAUGAAAAGGUACGCCGGACCAUGAUCACGGAGGAUUUGACCGAGAGGAAGGGCGGAGUGGCUUUUGAUCUAACCUUUCUCACCGAGGAAUCAGCACUAAAGCUGCAACCCAGACCACCUAGCCGAUUGACCAAUGACAAAAAAGAGAAUUUUGAAUUUUGGAGAGAAAACCAAGAGAAGACACAGGCAGAGAAACAGAUGAGGGCCCAACAGAAACGAGAAGAGGCUAUUGUGCAGAAAAGGAUUGAAAACGCACACAAAGAAAUGGAGCGACUUGAAAAAUAUGUCAAUCUCAGUGAGUGAAUUGAUUAAUACGGAUUUGCAUAAGAUUUACCAAAAACAUUUUACAAGUAUUUAUAAAUUGCAAAUCCUUUGGAACCAAAGUGGGGACACACUGUGCUCUUUUUUCUGCGCUUCUAAUUGCUCUGUUUGACUGUUAAUUUUACUCUUUUCCUUCUAGACAUGUAUCCUUCCGUGGUCUUCUCUUUUUAUAAUUUGUUUUUUGCA